AAAAUCGCAGGGGACAUUAAGGCGAGAAGCCUUAAAAUAAUUAUGCGGAGUCAUAAUUGGGUAACAUAAAAUGAACAGUACUAACUGAUAGCCUAGUAACACAAACGUAAUUCCGGCCGUCAAGAAGUAAACAUGAUACUUUUGAGAUGUCUAAAGUUUACUUUUCCACGUGUUCAACACGGAAUCAAACGUUUACGUAAGAAGAAAUCCAUCUUUGGAAACAAAAAAGUGGAAUAUUUGCUCUCAGACUGCAUGUUUAAAAGCGGAUGCAACUUUCACUGGAGCUAUGUUUUGUCUGCGGCUGUUUCCAGAGGUCCCGCUGCCUUCCUCAAGUAGGUGAGUUGAACACUUAAAGUUGAACACUUAAAGUAUUUGACAAGCAAUCAAUUAUUUGCUUUGGCAUUUUUAUGGAGAGUUGGUUUUGUAGUAGAUACAAUGAGGUUUUGAUAUUAAAGAAGCUAAUGGGUCAUUCGGGAUCAGGAUUGAACAAUUUGGGCCAGUAGAUUAGCGAAUUACUCAGGUCUAAACGGCGUUAUUGCAGAACCGUGUAUCUCCUACACCUAGUCCUUUCUGGAGCCGGAGAUGCAGUGAUGUGUCUCCGGUGCUCUAAUAUUGGUAGAAACAAAUUUUGAUAGCUAACGAGUCAUUCGGGAUGUCUGAACAAAUUAGGUGGUAAGAUUAACUCAGGUCUAAACGUUAUUACGGAGCCUGUCUCUCCUCAGUCAGUUUAUCCCUUACCUUACCCUGUUCCCAGUUUUCUUAAAGAGAUAUAGUGAUGUGUCUCUUAUGAACGAUUACCGUGUGAAUAUUCGGUCCUUAACCCAAAUAUCAAUGAGCACAAAAUCAGAGAAUCGAAAAGAAUAUAGGAAGUUAUUUAGGAUGAUAUAUACAGGUGUCUUUCUCAAUUGUCAGUUCAAGUUCAACUUCAUUUUCUUUCGACCCACAAAUCAUUUUAAUCAUAAAUGAAAAUACAUUAUACUUUUUAGGGAAAUUUUCAAGAAAAAGAGAGCGGUUAACCUAUGUACAAUACUUUCAACUCCGAGAGCUUCCGACUUUCACCUAAAACUAUUUCUUACUCUAACAAUAGACGCAGUAGACCAGAGAGAAAUACAAGUGGUGUUCAUUAAUCUCCUCAGGUUUUUAUCAGAGAAACUCAAGCUGUACCUUACAAUAUGCCUCCAAUUGAUGAAACAGGAUAUAGCGGCGCCCGUCCUUCAGAUCUGCGGCUUAGUAAAGCCAUGUCAACGGAAGAAAGUGUUGAAGAAAUACUUAAGUCUGGUAAGAUCGGAAUUUAACGUUAAUAACAGAUAACGAGAAAGAAUAACCAACCACUUUUUUUCUGGCAAUCAGUGGCUUCACAACCUGUACCCACGUACGCCCGCAAGUAGUCUAGCUUAAUUCGAUUAAUUAAUCAAAUACUUAUUAGGGCCAUUUAUACGAGGAAAAAUAAGACGCGUCUUACAUAAGACGCGAACUGUACCAUUUAUACGAGCAUGUCUUAUCUAAUAAGACGCGUCUUAGCUAAGCCGCGUCUUAUUUUAGACGAAAUGUGCCGUUUAUACGGAAAGUUCGCGUCUUAUUUAAGACGUGUCUUAUUUUUCCUCGUAUAAAUGGCCCUAUUAUGUAAGGAUACAUAAAAGACGCGUAACGACGGUUACCAGCAUUCACCGAAACUGGACAGCUUAAAACGGUGUUCUAAAAUGUUGCUUUUCUUUAUAUCCGUAAAGAAAUCGUAAUGUAUUUUAAUAUUUAUGGCGUUACUUUAUUUUGUCCAAAUCUCACGAUCACGAUCUCAGUGUCUCCUUGCCAUAACAGAACACAAAUCACACUAAAAUGAAAACAAGAAAUUCCAGGCUUGGUGAAUUAUACUUUUUUCAGUUUAUUUCCCUGUUUUAAGCAGUAAGGAUGAUAUUUCUUUUCGCCACGAAUAAGGUUCGGCACAUGUAAAGUUCGACCGUCUGAAUCAACAAUCGAACUUAAUAGUUUGGGUCAACCUAAAUACUAGGUAUUAGGUUCGGCACACGUAAAGUUCGACGUUUGAACCGGGCAGAGAAUGACUGAAAAAAAAAAUUUACCCUAGCUAAUGGCUGUCUUAAUUUAAAUAAAUGGUUUGAUCUUGUUUUACCAUAACAAUUAAAUUCAAAAUAAUCAUUACAGUUGAGGCCAUUAGACCAUCAAUAUGCUUGUAGCACUCUAGCAAAGAUAGAUGGGACCUCCUUGAUUGAAGACUGGACAACCCAAGCAUUGCCAGUCUUUCUUCGUACGAAGAGUCCCUAGAUAACAUCGGGAGAGCGUAUUUCGAGGCCCUACGUUGAACUCGUUCAAGAGCGUCAAUGUUCUUCUUCAACUAGGGUGACCAGAGAGGGACAGCAUAUUCCAGAAUGAGUAUGAACAAGGCCUUGUAGAGACGAGAAAAUACUUCCUUUUCCCUGGCCCAACAUUCUUUUUAAGGAAACCCACAAUGUUGUUGGCUUUAUUUAUAACUUUCUGCGUUUGGGUGUUCUAGGAUAGAUUAGAAGUCAAUGAGACCCCCAAAUCAACCGUUUCGGUGACAGACUGAAGCGUACAACCAGAGAGCUUGUAUGGAGAGCUACAUAGUAUGAUCUCUCGCACGGGUAACACGUAGAGCCCCACAUUUGUCAGGGUGAAAACGAAGUUGCCAAUUUUUACUCCAUUUCUGUAGGGUGUUGAGGUCACAUUGAAGUUGUUUCUCGUCGUUUUCAUCUUAAAUAAUUCUGUAAACCUUGCUCAUCAUCUGCAAACAGGCGCAAGCUUGAACUUACGCCAGGUGUAAUAUCUACUAUUCUUUGCUUUAACAAUCAUUUUUUUUAAACAAAACACACCGUUCAGAUCGGAGAUGUCGGUUUUGACCGAAGAAGACACUUGAUUAGAUCACCAAUUCGAAUAUUAGGGUGGGAAAAGGCGAGAACUACACAGUGAUAUUUUUAUUAAUCACCUUCCUUGUCCCGAUGUUAGAAUCAACAAUGCCUCCAAGUGAUGAAAAUGUGUGUGGUACUUCUCCUGUUGGGCUGCUGAAUUACGCAAUAUCAGUCGACAGUUUGGAAAUUCUUCACGAUUCGAGCUCUGUUUCUAACACCGCACACUCCGCCGGUAAGACACAAAUAUCAUUAUAAGUCCGCUCUGAAAACGCUAAUGUGACAGCUGUGUUUGCAAAGUUUGAUAAUUACUAAUAAUUUGUUUAACAGUCUAAAUUAGCAUCUUGAAGUCCCAGGGGGCUUGAAGUCUCACCUGAGUUUUUGAGUUACAUGAGGCAAAUUAGCUACAUCCAAGAGCUUACAGUGAACGAAUUUCUUUUUAGUACCACUACAUUCUUUAAACGAUGAAAGAGCACAAAGUGAAUCCCCUUUCGCCAGAACAGCAUCGGCUGCCCCAUUGCAGUCUUACGCUACUGUCUACAGUAGGCCUAAUUCAAAUCCAACUGCUGAGCCAGAGAAAACUACUAAUAUGGAAACUACAAGGAAUGUGGACAAACACAUUCCAACUGCAAAUGUCUGCUAUGGUGGGGACGUUGAAUUAGGAGAAACCGUUAACCUCAAGACAGGAAGGCAGCUCUUCCGUUGGAAUCUGAUCUUUAAUCUCAUCUUGUGGAUCCUUGUUCCUCUUCCUAUCUGGUUACCUUUCGUCUCCCAAGAGAUUUCACUUUUUCUCCUUCCAAGCAUUCAGGGGGCCUUUAUCGUAUUCUGGAUGUGCGUCUGCUUGUUCGCCAUAAGAACUACAGGUGUCAUGUUUUGGAACAGAAAGACGGACUUCAAAUCCAAGUGCGAAGAGUUGACGAAGAAACGUAGCAAGGAUCCUGAAGCACAAACAGCUGAGAAGACACCGAUCCAACACGUAGCAGUCUUAGCUUGUUAUAAGGAGCCCGUGGAUUUGAUUGCUGCUUCAGUUCAAACUCUGGCCAAUCAAACUAUUGCUUCCAGAGUAACCAUGGUGGUGUCAUUCGAGGAAAAAACUCCGAACCUGUGCAACAAACAGCAGGAUUUGGCAAAACUCUUCGAAUCACAAUUCCGUGAACUUAUUUUUGUUACGCACCCCUUUGGCAUGGAAGGAGAGAUCCCCGGAAAGUGUUCCAACAGCAACUGUGGCAUUAGGACAAGUAUAGCACACAUGAAGAGAAAGGCUGGCAGUCACUUUGAUCCAGAUAGGAUCCUAAUAACGACAUGCGAUGCGGACUCCAAAUUUCAUCCUCGAUACAUGGAGGCGCUGGAGUACAAAUACGAGCGAGAAUUUAUGAGAACAAAAGACCACGAUGAUAGAAAGAUGGUAAACUGCUUGUUCCAGUCACCACUACUCUAUAACUGGAAUUUAGAUGCAGCAUCUGUUGUUACCAGAUUGACUGGCAUGUUGCGUGCAUUCCUCAUGAUGGGAGCCAUGAUUCCAUUUAAUGUCAACACUAUGAGCAUAUACAGCUUCUCAGCCUCUCUGUGCAUUGCUGGACAGUAUAUCCACCCAGGAUACCAGAUGGAUGAUAUUAUCGGUCUUAUUAGGUAAGAUGAAGUACUACUAAAUAAAAUAAGAAUCGUACUUUCUACAAAUAUUCCUCAUCUCUUAAACCAAAUGCAUCAUUUUUCUCCUGAAACUUGUCCACAGUAGUUAAAUACUUAAUAUGACUCGUUUCUUCACUCCAUCCAUUGAGAGCCGCUAUGGCGAAGCAAACAUACAAUCCCUAGAGUCGAAAAGGGCAAUUUACCACCAUUGCGGGAGAAUCAACGGAUUGUAGAUAGUGUGGUUCAAAUAUCGAAAGGCAGACCUGUGUGAUUAUUAUGAACAUGGCAAUAUGAAAAGCAGGAACAAUUUAGUUGAACGGAAAGGGUUUGUUGAUUCUGUGGAGAUUAGAGAGUCGAUCUCAAAGAUAAAUAUAUUGCACGUCUCAAAGUUAGAUUUUUAGCAAGGAGGGGUCAAUUUACGGUACUGAUAUUGAUCUGUCUUUUUCCUUUUGUCUGAUGACGUCACAGGUGGAUGGGAGUCUGCAAGAGACGGCUUCGCAUUGUAAUGGUUCCCGUACCCACUCUUUCUGGUCCAACAUCUGGAAGGGUGAUUGAGGAGGAGUUGGAGGAAUGGGCACGACAGGCGCGAAGAUGGACCAUUGGAGCUGCUGAGGUGUUUCACUACUUCAUGGUCAAAUCGAACAAUAUUCCAUUCUUUACUGCCUUGUCCUGGGGAAUCACUUUCAUCAUCUAUUAUGGUAGUUACUUGUCUUUAUUUAUUAUCGUCAUCAUCACUUUAACAAAAUUCUCCAAUUUGAUUGGCUAUCGGUAGCCCCGAUUUCAGUAGCCUCCCCGCAGACGUCCUUUGGGGUUCGUUUGUCACGCAUUCAGUUCUCCCCGUGGGGGAAAAAUGAAUACGUGACAAACGAUUUCAGCAUUAAUAGGACAAUGUAAUGGGACAACUCGUCACGUGACUCUCUUUGUCCCGUUCUCGAUUCUAAGGAAUAAGCCGCCAUACAGGGUUUUAUCUUGAGAAUAUAACUGAUAUCACACAUUUGGAGCGAUUCUAAUAAAUUUGCUUAAUUCUGUCCAUUCCUUUUACAGGUAUUAUCCUGUGUUGCUCGUCACUCUACAGCGUUACGUUGGCGAUCUCCGUUAACUUUCUGUUUCUGGAGGUUCCAGUCAUCCUUGAGUGGGGAAUGUUAGCUUUCCUUGUGUUCAACUACGCUGUCUUUGCCUUGAUCUUCUUGUUGGAUCGAGUCACAGUCAGGCUGACGGAACCGAGAGUAAAGGAGAGGAUCUCUUUUGUUAGAAAUCUUUACCAUUGGAUCGUAUCGCCGUUUGUGCUGAUGGCCUACUCCAUAGUGGAACUGUACGCUCUACAUGAGGUCAUGAUACGGGGAAAGAAGGUGUGCAAGCACGGGGCAAGCAAAAAGGAUGCUCUUGGGUCUAAAUAAGCGACACUCUUUCUGCUUUAAAAUAUCUGCUACUCUUUUCUAACUUAAGUAUUUUUUAACGCAUGUUUUGCAGUAUAUGUUUUAUUAUGGCCAGUAAAUAAGAAUAUCAACAGUAUUUAUCUACGUUCAGUAUUUAUUAUUUUUAUUUAAAGCGGAAGACAAGACAAACGUCAGUAAAAAAAACAACAACAACAACAAGAAUAACAUUGAAAAUAAGGAUAUAUUUAAUAGCAUUUUCUGUACAGACUGUCGAAGUAAAUGUAGCUACUUUAUUCUUUAUCUGAUUGGCUAAAAAAUCUUGCGCGAUUUUCUCGGCCAAUCAAAAGCAAAAUCGUGGCCAAACUUCACGUAGUUACGCAAGUCAUUGUUCUUGAUUCGGAAACAAGUGAUAAGCAGUGUCAGAGAUUUCAGUUUGACAGAUAAAUUAUUUUUAGAUUUGUGGGCAUUUCAUGUAUUUAAUCUCAUGUGUGUUUGGUAAAUGGAAUAUUUUAGUACAGUCAAACCUCUUUAAUACAACAACAACAAAAACAAUAACAACAAGCUUUCUUUGUACUCACUCUUGCUCAAAAAUGAAUUACAACAAUGAAAAUAUUAAAAGUAAAAAUUAGAGUACUGGCUGCCUGGAAUAACCAUGGGGACUAGCGGAGCCAGGCAGCCAAAGGGACAGAACCAAGUGUCCGCUUUACAGAGGUGUCCGUAUUAUAGAAGUAGGGAAUGUAUGAUUUUUUGCAUUUCUGGAACCAAACGAUCUGUCCGUAAUAGAAAGGUGUCCGUAAGGAGAGGUUAGACUGUACAGUUAACUUUGCGUAACUGUAAGGAAACAUGGUGUUAAGGAGGACAAUAAAAACAAGAAGUUAGAACUGGC